GCGUGAUUGGCCAGGGUAAGGGGACGGAGCCAGGAAGAUGGCUGCUCUGGUCUCCGUCGCUGCGGCAUCUAUGCCUUCUGUGGUGGCUUCGGGGACUUGCAGCGACUUCUCAGAUCUGCGAGAAAUCAAGAAGCAGCUCCUCCGGAUCGCGGGGCUGAGCCGGGAGCGAGGUUUGCAGCACAGUGGGAAAUGGGCCUCGGAACUGGCCUUCUCCCUGGCCCCUUUGCCCCUGUCUGAGCUGCCGCCGCCUCCACCCAUCACUGAGGAGGAUGCACAAGAUUUGGAUGCUUACACUCUGGCCAAAGCCUACUUUGAUGUAAAAGAAUAUGAUCGGGCAGCUCAUUUCCUUCGUGGCUGCAAGAGCCAGAAAGCCUAUUUCCUGUAUAUGUAUUCCAGAUACCUGUCUGGAGAAAAGAAGAAGGAUGAUGAAACAGUCGAUAGUUUGGGCCCCUUGGAGAAAGGACAGGUGAAGAAUGAAGCCCUUAGAGAGCUAAGAGUUGAACUCAGCAAAAAGCACCAGGCACGAGAGCUUGAUGGAUUUGGCCUUUAUCUGUAUGGGGUGGUACUUCGGAAGCUAGACUUGGUAAAAGAGGCCAUUGACGUUUUUGUGGAAGCCACCCACAUUUUACCUUUACACUGGGGAGCCUGGCUAGAACUGUGUAACCUGAUCACAGACAAAGAGAUGCUGAAGUUCCUGUCCUUGCCAGACACCUGGAUGAAAGAAUUUUUUUUGGCUCAUAUAUAUACUGAGUUGCAGCUGAUAGAGGAGGCCCUACAGAAGUAUCAGUCUCUCAUUGAUGUGGGCUUUUCUAAGAGCACAUACAUCAUUUCCCAAAUUGCAGUUGCCUAUCACAAUAUCAGAGAUAUUGACAAAGCCCUCUCUAUUUUCAAUGAAUUAAGGAAGCAAGACCCCUACCGGAUUGAAAACAUGGACACAUUCUCCAAUUUGCUCUAUGUCAGGAGCAUGAAACCUGAACUGAGCUAUCUGGCUCACAAUCUAUGUGAAAUUGACAAAUAUCGGGUAGAGACCUGCUGUGUUAUAGGUAAUUAUUAUAGCUUACGUUCCCAGCAUGAGAAAGCAGCCCUUUAUUUCCAGAGAGCCCUAAAAUUAAAUCCCCGAUAUCUUGGGGCCUGGACCCUCAUGGGACAUGAGUACAUGGAAAUGAAAAAUACAUCUGCAGCUAUCCAAGCUUACAGACAUGCUAUUGAGGUAAACAAGAGAGACUACAGAGCCUGGUAUGGCCUUGGACAAACCUAUGAAAUUCUUAAGAUGCCAUUUUACUGCCUUUAUUACUACCGAAGGGCCCACCAGCUGAGGCCCAACGAUUCCCGUAUGCUGGUGGCCCUAGGAGAAUGUUAUGAGAAACUCAAUCAGCUCGUGGAAGCCAAGAAGUGUUACUGGAGAGCUUACGCUGUGGGAGAUGUGGAGAAAAUGGCUCUCGUGAAACUAGCAAAACUCCAUGAGCAGUUGACUGAAUCAGAACAAGCAGCUCAGUGCUACAUCAAAUACAUCCAGGAUAUCUAUUCAUGUGGGGAAAUAGUGGAGCACUUAGAGGUGAGCACUGCUUUCCGAUAUCUGGCUCAGUACUACUUUAAAUGCAAACUCUGGGAUGAAGCCUCAGCCUGUGCACAGAAAUGUUGUUCGUUCAAUGAUACUCGAGAGGAAGGCAAAGCCCUCCUGAGACAGAUCUUACAGCUGAGGAAUCAAGGGGAGACUUCCACCACCGAGAUAUCUGCUCCCUUUUUUCUACCUGCAUCACUUUCUGCAAACAACACUCCUACACGCAGGGUGUCUCCACUCAACCUCUCUUCCGUCACACCAUAGACUACCACUUUCUACUCUGGAUUCAGUCCCUUAUUAAGUCCUGACUCAUAGACAGAAGCUGGAUCUGUUCUUCAAGGACCUCAUCUCUUUCAGUUUCUGCAUUUGGAGACCACUGCUUAAGGAUUAUAUAGGGUCAGUGCUCCAGGUGCAGGCUGAUUGAAUCCUGUCUGAAGAAGACAGUAUCUAUUUGCUACAGUUAGAGCAGCUGGACUCUUUAGGAAGCACUUUUCUCCCCCUCCUGACUCAGACUAGCUGCAGUUUUUAAUCCUCUUUCCCAACCAAAAUCUUUUAAAGAACAACCCCUUUAUGGCACUUUACCAGGUGAUGCUGUAAGAGCUUUGUUUCUUUGCUCCUUGGUGGGAUUGUCCUUCUGAAGCUGAGGAAGGCAGGCAGCUCUCCCAAGAGCUCUGCUUUCAGCACAUAUGGGAUGCUGUUGGAACAAAGCAGGUUGUCAAAGCUAAAUACUCAGAAGAUUGCUAGUAGCUUGCUGAAACCUCUUUCAGGCUAGGACAGCAGAGAGCAAACUGUUGAUGCUGUGUAGAGGGAGAUGAAGCCUGGACAGGCCCCUGGUUUCAGCUCUGAGGUGUGGGGAAGAGAUGAUCAAGCUGUCUUACUCAAUGAACAGUAUUCAUUAUGUUCCUGUCUAGAACAGUGUAUCUCACAGGUGGCUCUCUAACUCAUCAUGGAGGAGAGGGAGAGUCUGGACAUAAGACUCGUAUCUAAAGAGCCAGUCUGUUUUAAUAAAGAUAUUUUUUUAAUCCAA